UUCACUUUGGUCUCGUCUCACCUCAGUGACCUCAGUUUUUCGUUCUUUUCGCUCGGAAGAAGUGUUGCCAGGUGAUUGAUACAAAUACAAUCUCUUUUGCUGCCUUUUUAACUGGUCUUCUUUGGUUCUCAUUUCAAGCCAAGAUGGUUGUUCUUGCUGCUUCCAUUGUGAGCAAGUCUGGGAAAGUGCUUGUUUCGAGGCAGUUUGUGGAUAUGUCUCGUAUAAGAAUUGAAGGUCUUCUUGCAGCUUUUCCCAAGUUGGUAGGAACUGGAAAACAACACACUUAUGUUGAGACAGAAAAUGUGCGCUAUGUUUACCAGCCAAUUGAAGCUUUGUACUUGCUGCUUGUCACAAACAAACAGAGCAACAUCCUUGAAGAUUUGGAAACUUUGAGGCUUCUCUCUAAGCUUGUACCUGAAUAUUCUUUUUCUCUAGAUGAAGAGGGUAUUUGCAAGACCGCUUUUGAGCUGAUUUUUGCUUUUGACGAAGUCAUCUCUCUUGGGCACAACGAAAAUGUAACUGUUGCACAGGUUAAGCAGUACUGUGAGAUGGAGAGUCAUGAAGAGAAGCUACACAAGCUGGUAUUACAGAGCAAAAUCAAUGAAACCAAGGAUAUUAUGAAGCGCAAAGCUAGUGAGAUUGACAAAAGCAAGAUUGAAAGGAACAGAGGUGAUAAAGGAGGGUUUAUGUCUUUACAGUCAAUGGGCUCUGGAAGAAUUGAGAGUAGCUUUAGUGACAUGAGCAUAUCUGGUGGUGGAGGCGGUUUUGGAAGUGGUUCUGGCUUUGGACUAAGCACUGAUGUUGAAUCCUUUUCUAGCAAGUCAAAAGGUCGUCCACCUUCAUCUGCCACUGCCCCUCCAAAAGGUCUUGGCAUGCAGCUUGGUAAAUCUCAAAGGACAAACCAGUUCUUGGAAUCAUUGAAAGCAGAAGGUGAAGUAAUUGUUGAGGAUGUGCAGCUUAAAGCUGGCCAGUCCAGAGCAGCUGCUCCACCGCCAACUGAUCCCAUCACGUUGACCGUUGAGGAGAAACUCAAUGUGACGCUGAAACGAGAUGGUGGAGUUAGUAACUUUGAUGUUCAAGGAACAUUGUUACUUCAAAUUCUUAAUGAAGAAGAUUCACAUAUCCAAGUUCAGGUUGAAACUGGUGGGAAUCCGGGCAUCCUUUUCAAGACACACCCUAACAUGAACAAAGAAUUAUUUUCUAAUGAAAAUAUUCUAGGCCUUAAGGACCCAAAUAGGCCUUUUCCCACUGGUCAGGGUGGUGAUGCAGCUGGUGUUGGUUUGUUGAAGUGGAGAAUGCAAACUACAGAUGAGUCAAUGGUUCCAUUGACAAUCAACUGCUGGCCCUCUGUUUCUGGAAAUGAAACUUAUGUCAGCAUUGAAUAUGAAGCUUCAUCAAUGUUUGAUCUACAAAACGUCGUGAUCUCGGUACCUCUUCCAGCUCUUCGAGAGGCACCAAGUGUUAGGCAGAUUGAUGGGGAGUGGAGAUAUGAUUCAAGGAAUUCUGUUUUGGAGUGGUCCAUUCUUUUUAUUGACAAUUCAAACCGCAGUGGAUCGUUAGAGUUUGUUGUUCCCCCGGCAGACUCAUCUGUAUUUUUCCCCAUUUCUGUGCGUUUCUCAGCUACUAACACAUUCAGUGACCUAAAGGUUGUAAAUGUCAUACCUCUAAAGGGUGGAGCCCCUCCCAAGUACUCCCAGAGAACACAGUUGAUCACAGAGAAUUACCAAGUGGUGUGAACAGAUAUCUAUAUGCGACCGGAUUGAAAUUUUGAACCAGAAAUUGCCUUUUUUUUUUGUUUUUUUUGACGUUGCGGAUUUUACUCUGAGGAUUGAGACCGCUAGACUUGUUAUAACCCACCUUAAUAUGAUCUCAUUUUUCUCUGUUGGUAAUAUAUACGAGGAUGAACUUUUGCAGUGUAUUCUCAAAAAAAAGUGGAGACAUUAAUGAUCCGUUCUCCGGCUCA